GACGCCGGGUCGCUUUUCUCGCGCCCGGGAGCUGGGUAAAAUCUAGGAAGUCUCGCUUUUUCCGGUUCUCUGUCCUGUUUCUUGUUGCUGCGUAUUCGCACCCCAAGCAGGAAUGUCGGGUUUCAGCCCAGAGCUCAUCGACUACCUGGAAGGGAAGAUCUCCUUUGAGGAGUUCGAAAGGCGGAGAGAAGAGAGAAAAACCCGCGAGAAGAAAAGUGUUCAGGAAAAAGGAAAGUUAUCAGUUGAAGAAAAUCCACAUGACUCUGAAGUUCCAUCAUCAUCAGGAAUUGACUCCAGCAAAUCGCAGGACAAUGAGGUCAAUGAAGGAGAAACGUCAGAUGGAGUCAGUAAAUCAGUUCACAAGGUCUUUGCUUCCAUGCUUGGAGAGAAUGAAGAUGAUGAAGAGGAAGAUGAAGAAGAAGAAGAAGAGGAAGAAGAAACACCUGAGCAACCCACUGCAGGCGAUGUGUUUGUAUUGGAGAUGGUUCUCAAUCGUGAAACCAAGAAGAUGAUGAAAGAGAAAAGACCUCGAAGUAAACUUCCCAGAGCUCUGAGGGGUCUCAUGGGUGAAGCCAACAUUCGCUUUGCUCGAGGAGAACGGGAGGAGGCGAUAUUGAUGUGCAUGGAAAUCAUAAGACAAGCUCCUCUGGCUUAUGAGCCAUUCUCUACUCUGGCCAUGAUAUAUGAGGACCAAGGUGACAUGGAGAAGUCUCUGCAGUUUGAGUUGAUUGCUGCACAUUUAAAUCCCAGUGACACUGAAGAAUGGGUUAGAUUGGCAGAAAUGUCUCUGGAACAAGAUAAUAUUAAGCAGGCUAUUUUUUGCUACACAAAAGCUCUUAAAUAUGAACCUACUAAUGUCCGUUACCUGUGGGAGCGAUCAAGCCUUUAUGAACAAAUGGGGGAUCAUAAAAUGGCAAUGGAUGGUUAUAGGCGUAUUUUAAACCUUUUAUCUCCAUCUGAUGGAGAACGUUUUAUGCAGUUGACUAGAGAUAUGGCAAAGAGUUACUAUGAAGCCAAUGAUGUUACUUCAGCUAUUAACAUAAUUGAAGAAGCUUUUUCAAAACAUCAGGGUCUUGUUUCCAUGGAAGAUGUUAAUGUAGCAGCUGAACUAUAUAUUUCUAACAAACAGUAUGACAGAGCUUUGGAGGUAAUAACAGAUUUUUCUGGAAUUGUGCUGGAAAAAAAAACUACAGAAGAAGGCACUUCAGAAGAGAAUAAAGCUGGUGAAAAUGUUACCUGCACUAUACCUGAUGGUGUUCCAAUAGAUAUCACAGUGAAGUUGAUGGUCUGCCUUGUACAUCUCAACAUUCUUGAACCACUUAAUCCUCUCUUGACAACACUAGUGGAACAGAAUCCUGAAGAUAUGGGAGACCUCUAUCUGGAUGUUGCUGAAGCUUUUCUGGAUGUUGGUGAAUAUAAUUCUGCACUUCCCCUCCUUAGUGCACUAGUCUGCUCUGAAAGAUACAACCUCGCAGUAGUUUGGCUUCGGCAUGCAGAAUGUUUAAAGGCCUUAGGCUAUAUGGAACGCGCUGCGGAAAGCUAUGGCAAAGUGGUUGAUCUGGCCCCCCUUCAUUUGGAUGCAAGAAUUUCACUUUCCACCCUUCAGCAGCAGCUGGGCCGUCCUGAGAAAGCUCUGGAAGCUCUGGAACCAAUGUAUGAUCCAGAUACUUUAGCACAGGAUGCAAAUGCUGCACAGCAGGAACUGAAGUUAUUGCUUCAUCGUUCUACUCUGUUGUUUUCCCAAGGCAAAACGUAUGGUUAUGUGGAUACCUUACUUACCAUGUUAGCCAUGCUUUUAAAGGUAGCAAUGAAUAGAGCUCAAGUUUGUUUGAUAUCUAGCUCCAAAUCUGGAGAGAGGCAUCUCUACCUUAUAAAAGUGUCAAGAGACAAAAUAUCAGACAACAGUGACCAAGAGACCGCAAAUUGUGAUGCAAAAGCAAUAUUUGCUGUACUCACAAGUGUCUUGACAAAAGAUGACUGGUGGAACCUUCUGUUGAAGGCCAUAUACUCCUUAUGCGACCUAUCCCGAUUUCAAGAGGCUGAGUUACUUGUGGAUUCUUCACUGGAAUAUUACUCAUUUUACGAUGACAGGCAAAAACGCAAAGAAUUAGAAUACUUUGGUCUGUCUGCUGCAAUACUGGACAAAAAUUUCAGAAAGGCAUACAACUAUAUCAGGGUGAUGGUAAUGGAAAAUGUCAAUAAACCUCAGCUCUGGAACAUUUUCAAUCAGGUUACCAUGCACUCCCAAGAGGUACGACAUCAUCGCUUCUGUCUUCGCCUAAUGCUGAAAAACCCAGAUAAUCAUGCCCUGUGUGUCUUAAAUGGACACAAUGCAUUUGUAUCUGGUAGUUUUAAGCACGCGCUUGGACAAUAUGUGCAAGCCUUUCGCACCCAUCCCCAUGAACCUCUCUAUAGCCUCUGUAUAGGCCUAACGUUUAUUCACAUGGCCUCUCAGAAGUAUGUAUUAAGGAGACAUGCUCUUACUGUGCAGGGCUUUUCCUUUCUUAAUCGAUACCUCAGCAUACGUGGGCCUUGCCAGGAAUCAUUCUACAAUUUGGGCCGUGGCCUUCACCAGCUGGGGCUGAUUCAUCUUGCAAUCCACUAUUAUCAGAAGGCCUUGGAUCUCCCUCCACUUGUGGUAGAGGGUAUAGAAGUUGACCAGUUAGACUUACGAAGAGAUAUUGCCUACAACUUGUCUCUAAUUUAUCAGAGCAGUGGGAAUAUUGGAAUGGCUCAAAAGCUUUUGUAUACCUAUUGCUGUAUAUAAAGUACCUCAGCUGAAAAAGAAGCAUUGGUGCUGUGUGUGGACCAAUAUUUUCUGUCUAAGGGCUAAGUAUUAACUAAGUAUUAACCUGAAAUAGAAAUGACAGUUUGAGAAUUAUCAUUGUAUUUAAUUUUUAAUAUGUGAUAAUGAUCUUUUGAUAGAUAUGCAAAAGUAUCAUUCCAAGAGUUUGUACAUUGUUCUAUCAUUUUCUUUUAGCAUUUUUAGUAAAAUUGUCCCCAAAGGUGAAAUGGAGAAUGUUAGCCUUUAAGCCAGCUUUGAGCUAAAUGUGCUCAUUUUUUACUCAUACCAUUUAUUCAUCUGUGCAUUCAUUACUAUGUAUUAAACACCUAUGUACCUUGGAAUAUAGUAAGACAGAUGUGACCUCUCAAUACAGUUCUCUAAAUACAGAACUUGAGCAAUAUAUUCAUUUGAAAGAAAUGUUUGCUACAUUUCUACCCACAUUAUCAUUGACCUUUCCAUUUCUUAGUGCCCUGUUACUAUUGCAUGGGCAGUUUAUCAGGUACAUAGAAAAGGAUGUUAUUGAAGGAAAGACAAGUUGGGAUUCUUUCUCAUAUCAGCACAAUUAUGUAAUUGACUUAGCUCCUAAGAAAAUUAUUUGAAAUGGUUAUAUAGUAGGAAGACACAUAAUUGAGUUAAUCUUUUACUUUUCACCUCCAUGUGUCUUAGUUGUAUAGAUUGCUGGACGUAAUUCAGAACAUCCUGUUCCAAGACAAAUUAAAAAAUGCAUUACAAAUGUUGGUGGCUUUCUGACAAAAAAAAAUGUAGAAAAGAGAGGACCACAUUUAAUAAUAUGACCUAGUUUGCAUUUCAAGAU